GUCUCUGCUUGGCGGCUGACGUCAUUAAACUUUCCCAUUCCAGUGGCUUUACUGAGAUGAGGGAAGAUGCGAGUCUUCGCGAGCUAGAGCGCGAGGUAGGGAACGAGCGAGCGUCCGAGGAUCUGCGAGCAGGCGAUCAGGCACGAAACUGUGGAACUGCGGCAGGUCACAGCGACUCUCAGCAGAGGCGCAGUUCUCACCAGCAUGAACAGAGCUUUUAACAGGAAGAAAGAUAAGUCAUGGAUGCACACACCAGAAGCCCUUGUGAAGCAUUAUAUAGCAUAUAAUGCUAAGUUCCUCGGAAGCACAGAAGUUGAUCAACCUAAAGGCACAGAAGUUGUAAAAGAUGCAGUCCGAAAGCUUAAGUUUCAAAGGCAUAUCAAAAAAUCUGAGGGCCAGAAGAUUCCAAAAAUUGAAUUACAGAUUUCAAUCUAUGGCGUGAAAAUUUUAGACCCUAAAACAAAAGAUGUGCAGUACAAUUGCCAGUUGCACAGGAUGUCUUUCUGUGCUGAUGAUAAAACAGACAAAAGGAUAUUCACAUUUAUCUGUAAAGAUUCGGAGUCUAACAAGCACUUGUGUUAUGUUUUUGACAGUGAAAAAUGUGCAGAAGAGAUAACUCUGACUAUUGGCCAAGCCUUUGACUUGGCAUAUAAAAAGUUCUUGGAAUCUGGGGGGAAAGAUGUGGAGACACGAAAGCAAAUUGGAAGUUUGCAAAAAAGAAUACAAGAAUUAGAAACUGAAAACUCUGAAUUGAAAACGCAGCUGCAAGGUGCCAAAGAGCAACUGAGGGUAGCUCAUGAAACACCACUCCUGCUCUCAAACUCUACUAAUGAAGCAUAUAUUCUGCAAAGGCCUUCAUCUCUCUUCUGGUGUCAUAGUUUGAAGUCGAUCUCUUGUUUAGAAAUCUCCUCUGUCACGCUCACUCCUAUGAGUUCACCUGACUCUUGUCUGUCUGCGGGGCUACUAACUCCUCCUCCGGCUAAAGCUACAUUACCAAAGUCACCGAAUGGGCACAGUGUCCCUCGGCCUCGUGCCGGAAGCAUCUCAAUGAAAGCCCCUUGUACUGACAUGUUUGACAUGGUGCCAUUUUCUCCCGUGUCUCCGAUGGUACUCUCACCAGCAAGAAAUAGUCAAUCUCCCACAUCUUCUUUUAUGAGGCCAGCUGAAACCAGGAGAGAUCUUUUUGGUGCUGAACCCUUUGACCCCUUUAUGUGUGGAGCAGCAGAAUUUUCUCCUGACAUCCAGUCCAAGUUGGACGAAAUGCAGCGUCAGAGAUGGUUGGAGGGGUUCAAAAUGGGACUGACAUUAGAAGGAACUGUCUUUUCUUUUGAUCCUCUGGACAGCUGCUGCUGAUGCCAAGAAAUUUUUGUCUUGUACAACUUAAGACAUUUGUAUAGAUAAGGUCCACAGAUAGUUUUUCGGCUAACAAGAUGAUUAAUCAUUCUGAGAUAUAUGUCUUAGCUUUUGGUUUAGACACAAACUGCACAUAGAGGAAAGCACUAUUUUUAUAAUAAAUAGAAUGAAAUCAUAAUUUAGAAGCCAUUAUGGAUUCGUGGAGAAUUUUUGUGUCCAACUUAUAUGUGUGUCAGACUGACAUGUAGCUCAGUAUGAAUAUUCUUGCCUCACAAUGCCAGCUUUGGAUGUGUACCUGCUGUGUGUGUGCAAUGUUUGCAUGCUGUCAUCCUGUCGUGUGGGUACCAUUUUCCUCCCGCAGUCCAAAAACAUGCCCAUGGCAUGUUAUUGUGUGUGUACAUAACCAUUGGUGUGAGCAACCUGUGAGGGACCGGCAUCCCCUCCAGAGUGUACCCCAAUCUGCGACCUGUGAGGGACCGGCAUUCCCUCCAUGGUGUACCCCAAUCUGCGACCUGUGAGGGACUGGCAUCCCCUCCAGGGUGUACCCCAAUCUGCGACCUGUGAGGGACUGGCAUCCCCUCCAUGGUGUACCCCAAUCUGCGACCUGUGAGGGACCGGCAUCCAGUCCAGGGUGUACCCCAGUCUGUGACCUGUGAGGGACCGGCAUCCCCUCCAUGGUGUACCCCAAUCUGCGACCUGUGAGGGACCGGCAUCCCCUCCAGGGUGUACCCCAGUCUGUGACCUGUGAGGGACCGGCAUCCCCUCCAGGGUGUACCCCAAUCUGCGACCUGUGAGGGACCGGCAUCCCCUCCAGGGUGUACCCCAAUCUGCGACCUGUGAGGGACUGGCAUCCCAUCCAGAGUGUAUCCCUGCUUUGUGUCCUGUGCAGCCUGGGAAAUGAUCUGUGACCCUGAGCAGGAUUAAAGGCUGGAAGAUGGAUGGAAGAGAAUAAUAAUAAGAAGAAUAAUAAUAUCAUUAUAUAUAUAAUAAUACUACUAAUAAUAAUAAUGAACCACACACAACAUUAUACACUAUACCAGGGGCCUGUUUCACGAAACAGAAUUUCUUGUUUAGAGGGAUAACUUGUCAGAUUUAAGGAUCAUCAGUUUAAAUGGACUUUAUCUUUGUUUGCUUACAUUUAGCCCAGAGUACCUUAAAUCCAACAAGUUAUCUGGCUAAGCAUGAAAUCCAACUUCAUGAAACAGGCCCCAGAUAAGUGGCUGCAAUGUGGUUGAAAUAAUAACCAACCGUGGUUUUUUUCUAUUUUUUUUUCUGCAUUACCAUAAUAUCUUAAUGCUUAUUUCUGAUAAAUUUAUAUUCAUAUUUUAACCCAGAAAACUCUAUGGGUUUGUCCUUUAUGUAACCUUGUAUUGUAGCCUUUGCAAUUGUAAUUAUAAAAUAAAAAGACAAUAAAUUCCGCCUA